GCGAGAUUUCCGUCGGCCAUUUCUCCAUUGAUUGCGUCUGCUGCUGGCAGGGUGUCCGCUCAGCAUGUACCCCGUGUGACGUCGCCCGCCGCCCGGAGAAUGGUGCCCGGAGAGGACGGCCAGCCCGUCCCCCGAGAGGGGUUAUUUUGGAGUUGCAGACAGAGUAUCUUUAAUGAAAUGAAGAAGAAAUUCUCGCAGAUAGAGAAUGCUGCCGAUGAGCCCCGAGUGCUGUGCAUAGUCCAAGACACCACCAACUGCAAGACCAUCAAUGAACGCAUCACUCUGAACCUCCCGGCCUCCACCACCGUGCACCAGCUCUUGAAGGAUGUGGCUGGCAAAGUGGGCUACGUGAGCGGGACCUUCAGCCUGAAGAGGGGGAAUGUAGGCAGCACGGAAGACAUGACUGAGCUGGAUUCCAGCCCGGAUCAGUCUCUACUGGAUGCCGGCUUUGAGGCGGGGAAGAAGAAUUUCCUCCAUAUAACGGAUAGGAACGGGGAGCAGCCGCAGCUGACAUCGGAUGAAUCGGGCACGGCGGACAGCAGCGGUCUCGAUGACAGCACGCCGGAGAAGUUCAUUGGACCUCUUCCCAGGGACGGCUCUGUGGGCUGCACCAGCGACUACGUCAGUCAGAACUACUCCUAUUCAUCGCUGCUCAAUAAAUCAGACACUGGUUACGUGGGUUUAGUAAACCAAGCCAUGACCUGCUACCUGAACAGCCUGCUGCAAACACUGUAUAUGACCCCGGAGUUCCGCAACGCUCUCUACAAGUGGGAGUUUGAAGAUCCUGAUGAGGACCCAGUGACCAGCAUCCCCUACCAACUGCAGAGGCUCUUCGUCUUAUUACAGACCAGUAAAAAAAGGGCGAUUGAAACCACAGACGUGACGCGGAGUUUCGGCUGGGAUAGUAGUGAAGCCUGGCAGCAGCAUGAUGUGCAGGAGCUCUGUAGGGUCAUGUUUGAUGCUCUGGAGCAGAAAUGGAAGCAGACGGAGCAGGCCGACCUCAUCAAUCAGCUGUAUCAGGGGAAGCUGAAAGAUUACGUUCGAUGCUUGGAGUGCGGCUAUGAGAGCUGGAGGAUCGACACCUUUCUAGACAUCCCUCUUGUCAUCAGGCCGUAUGGCGCCAGCACAGCGUUUGGUAGUGUGGAAGAAGCUCUUCAUGCGUUCAUCCAACCUGAGACUCUGGACGGUCCCAACCAGUACUUCUGCGAGCGCUGUAAGAAGAAGUGCGAUGCCAGGAAGGGCCUGCGCUUCCUGCACUUCCCAUAUCUGCUGACUCUGCAGCUGAAGAGGUUCGACUUUGAUUACACCAGCAUGCACCGAAUCAAGCUGAACGAUCGAAUGACCUUCCCCGAGGAACUGGACAUGAGCCCUUUCAUUGAUGUUGAAGAUGAGAAGUCUCCUCAGACGGAGAGCUGCACAGACAGCGGAGCAGAGAACGAAGGAAGCUGUCACAGCGAUCAGAUGAGCAAUGACUUCUGCACUGAUGACGCCUUGGAUGAGGGAAUCUGUCUAGAGAGCAACAGCAGCGUGGAAAAGCUGAACAAGUCCUCCGAGAAGAGUUGUUUGUAUGAACUUUUUUCCGUGAUGGUCCAUUCAGGCAGUGCAGCGGGGGGACACUACUAUGCCUGCAUCAGGUCCUUCUCUGAUGACCAGUGGUAUAGUUUCAACGACCAGCAUGUCAGCCGGAUAACCCAAGAGGACAUUAAAAAAACCUAUGGAGGGUCUACAGGAAGCCGAGGAUACUACUCCAGUGCCUUCGCCAGUUCUACCAAUGCUUACAUGCUCAUGUAUCGGCUGAAGAAUCCUGCCAAAAACGCAAAAUUCCUGGAGGUGAGCGAAUUUCCGGAACACAUCAUGCGUUUGAUGCAGAGAGAGAAGGAGCAGGAAGAAGAGGAGAAACGCCAGCGAGAGAUCGAGCGGAAUACUUGUAAAUUGAAGCUCUUCUGCAUGCAUCCCAUCAAGCAGAUCCUGAUGGAGAACAAGCUGGAGGUACACAAGGAUAAGACCAUGAAGGAGGCAGUGGAGAUGGCAUGGAAGAUUGUGGAUUUGGAAGGGGUCGUCCCUCUGGAUUGCUGUCGGCUAGUAAAAUACGAUGAAUUUCAUGACUACUUGGAGCGAUCGUAUGAAGACGAGGAAGAUCGGCCAAUGGGAUUGUUGCUGGGCGGGGUCAAGUCCUCCUACAUGUUCGAUCUGCUACUGGAAACGAAACGGCCGGACCAGGUGUUCCAGUCCUACAAACCUGGGGAGGUGAUGGUGAAGGUGUACGUGGUGGAUCUGAAGGGAGAGACGAUCGUCGCACCGGUCAGUGUUCGCGCUUAUCUAAGCCAGACAAUCCAGGAGUUCAAGCAGCUCAUCUCCAAGACCAUAGACUUGUCAUGGGAUCCUAUGCGCAUCGUUCUGGAACGCUGCUACAAUGACCUACGACUGCUCAGCGUGCCCAGUAAAACGCUCAAGGCAGAAGGAUUCUUCCGAAGCAAUAAGGUGUUUGUCGAGAGCUCGAACUCCACAGACCACCAGCUGCCGUUUCCGGAGUCUCACCUGUGGAAGCUUCUUGAUCGUCACGCUAAUACCAUUAGACUGUACGUGUCCCUCCCAGAGCACGCCCCGGGCCCUCAGGCUCUGCGCUCCUCCUGCACGAAACCUUGCAGGAACUCCGAAAGCCAGGCGGCGUUGUGCGAGAGGGGGAAAGCAGACGGGAAGUCCGUGGACGCCAUUCUGGAAGAAAGCACUGAAAAACUCAAGUCCCUGUCCCUCCAGCAGCAGGAGGAAGGGGGGAACGGGGACAGCAGUAAAAGUACAGAGGGCAGUGACUUUGAAAACAUUGACUCUCCGCUGAACGAGGCGGAUUCCUCAGGGUCAGCCGACAACAGAGACCUGGAGAACCGGAUUCUCCCCGCUGACUCUGAGAACAACUUCCAGUCGGAAGAGCGAUCGGACUCUGAUAUUAAUAAUGACCGGAGCACUAGUUCUGUGGACAGCGAUAUCCUUAGCUCAAGCCAUAGCAGCGACACCCUGUGCAAUGCGGACAACGCCCCCAUACCACUAGCCAACGGGCUCGACUCCCACAGCAUCACCAGCAGCCGCAGAUCCAAAGCCAACGAAGGCAAGAAGGAGACCUGGGACACGGCCGAGGAGGAUUCCGGGACGGACAGCGAGUACGACGAGAGCGGCAAGAGCCGAGAGGAGACCCAGUUUGUGUAUUUCAAAGCAGAGAUGCAUUCUGGGGAGGAAGGAUCUGGGGAUGGGCAGAAAUGUACGUUUCGUUUAUUGGUGAAUGUAGAUAAAAGAAUCACCCUCUCUGCUUUCAAACAGCAGCUGGAGCCUUUUGUGGGCGUGGCCUCCUCCCAGUUCAAAGUCUUCCGGGUCUAUGCCAGCAAUCAGGAGUUUGAAAGUGUGCGGCUGAACGAAACGCUCUCCUCCUUCUCCGAUGACAACAAGAUCACCAUCCGGCUGGGAAGGGCCUUGAAGAAAGGAGAGUACAGAGUGAAGGUGUUCCAGCUCCUAACAAACGACCCCGAGCCAUGCAAGUUCCUGCUGGACGCGGUGUUCGCCAAAGGCAUGAGUGUCCGACAGUCCAAGGAAGAGCUGAUUCCUCAACUCAGGGAGCAGUGUGUCCUGGACCUCUCCGUGGACAGGUUCCGAUUAAGAAAAAAGACCUGGAAGAACCCCGGCACAGUAUUCCUCGAUUACCAUGUCUACGAGAAUGAGAUCAGUAUUUCAAGCAACUGGGAGGUCUUCCUUGAGGUCCUGGAAGAAGGUGAGAAGAUGAAGUCUAUGUCCCAGCUGUCCUUGCUGACGAAGAGGUGGAGGCCAUCACAGCUAAAACUGGAGCCCUUCCAGGAGAUUGUGCUGGAGACCAACAGUGUGGAUGAACUUCGAGAGAAGAUGUGUGAGAUCAGCGGCAUACCGCUAGAGAAUUUGGAGUUUGCCAAGGGUCGAGGGACAUUUCCCUGUGACAUUUCUGUCCUGGAGAUCCAUCAAGAGUUGGACUGGAACCCAAAAGUAUCGACACUGAACGCCUGGCCGCUGUAUAUAUCAGACGAUGGGGCCGUUAUAUUCUAUAGGGAUAAAACUGAGGAUCUGGUGGAGUUAACGGACGAGCAGCGCAACCAACUGAUGAAAAAGGAAAGCAGCCGGUUGCAAAAAACUGGACACCGCGUGACUUACUCCCCCCGCAAGGAAAAAGCCCUCAAAAUCUACUUGGACGGAGCUUCGAGUAAAGACGCCACUCAAGACUGACGGGCAGCCCCCGGCGGCCCACCUUUUUUUAGAGAGCCGUGAUUUAACACAGACACUGCCGCCAAGGAGUGCCUCUCUUAGCCCCCCGGGUUCCACUUACCGAGUGUGAAGCUAUAAAGAAAAACCAGCACUGAUUGGUGGACUUGCACGGCCAAUCAGCACCCUUGUUCCUUACGCGAAAACAAAAAAAAAAUGUAAAACUAAAAAAAAAUAAGUGGGGGGGCAAUCACCGUUUGUGACUUGAGAUCUUGUUUCUGCACUAUGGUCGAUUAAACUGUAAAAGAAAAAAAAAAAAACGCUGAAAGGGAUGUGCAAAUAACAAUAAAAUUAUAGAAAUGUAUAGAGAAAUAUAUUAAAUUAAGUCGGGUGCAUUGAAAGCUCUGGGCUUCGUCUUGUUCAGGUAGGAUGUGGGCCCCACAUUGGCUUCUGGCUAUUCAAAAAGAGAAGAAAUUCUUGUACAGUCUUUUUAUUUUGCUGAUAAACACAUUACCUCAUUGAACGCUAGAACGACCUUUUUAUGUACAAGUCUGAAGGUGAAGCACAGCGCAAGAGAAAAAGGAAAAGUCGUAGAUUUGUACCGAAUAGCAAUCAGACUAAAGCCGCGUUCUCCACUGAAUCCGCUCCCCGCGUUACCGUAUUGAAGUUGAGUUGGUCGCCCGCUGGGCAUAUAUGAGGGGGAGCCAUGUAUUACGGUAUUGAUAUUGGGACGGUCGUCCGCUGGGCAUGAUGCAAGAUGGGCGCCCCGCAUUAUGGUAUUGAAAAUAAGGUGGUUGUCAACUGGGCAUGAUGUGCCCGCCCCCCCUUUUAUGGUAUUAAGGUCAGUCGUCAACUGGGAUUGAUGCAAGAUGGGCACCCCGCAUUAUGGUAUUGAAAUCAAAGCGGUCGUCAACAGGGCAUGAUGCAGGAUGGGCGCCUCCCCAUUAUGCCAUUGAAAUCAAGGCCACCGUCAACUUGGCUUGAUGCAAGAUGGGCGCCCUACAUUACGCUAUUGAAAUCGGGGUGAAUAGGCAUGAUGCAAGAUGGGCACUCCACAUUAUGGCAUUUAAAAUCAAGGCCACUGUCAACGGGGCUUGAUGCUGAAAUAUUGAUAUUGAAAUCAAGGCGGUGGGCAACUGCACUUGAUGGAAGAUGGGUGCCCUCUAUUACGGUUUUUAAAUCAAGGCGGUUGGUGACUGGGCACCCCCCAUUACGAAAUUGAAAACAAGGCGGUCGGCGACUGGGCUUGAUGGAAGAUAUGUGCCCCCUAUUGCGGUAUUAAAAUAAAGGCGGUUGGCAACUGGGCAUGGUAUGCAUGAUGGGAACCCCCCCAUUAGGGUAUUGAAAUUAAGGUGGUCGUCAAUUGGUCUUGAUGAAAGAUGGGUGCUGCCCAUGGCCGUAUUGAAAUCAAGGCGGUUGUAAACUGGGCAUGACGCAAGAUGGGUGCCGCCCAUUGCGGUAUUCAAGGUGGUUGGCAACUGGGGAUGAUGGGCAACCCCCCCCCCCCCAUUAGGGUAUUGAACACAAGACAGUCGUCUACUGGGCUUGCAUGAUGGGCACAGGGGGCUUUGGGGUAUUGCAAUCAAGGCAGUCAUCCAUUGGGCUUGAUGCAAGAUUGGCACCCCCCCAUUAGGGCAUUGAAAUCAAGGUGGUUGGCGACUGGGCAUGAUGAGCACCCUAUUUUACGAUAUUGAAAUCAAGGUUGGUCGUCAACUGGGCUUGAUGCAAGAUGGGUGCCCCAUAUUACUGUAUUAAGAUCAAGGUGGUUGGCGACUGGGCAUGGGGGGCAGUGGGGUAUUGAAAUCAAUGCAGUCGUUCGUUGUGCUGGAUGGGGGGGGCCCUCAUUACGGUAUUGAAAUCAAGGUGGUUGGUGACUGGGCAUGAUGAGCACCCUAUAUUACGAUAUUGAAAUCCAGGUCAGCCGUCAACUGGGCUUGAUGCAAGAUGGGCGCCUCAUAUUGCCGCAUUAAGAUCAAGGCGGUGUCGACUGGGCAUGAUAUGCAAGAUGGGCACCCCUAUGGGGGUAUUGAAACCAAGGCAGUCAUCCACUGGUCAUGAUGCAGCAUUACUGUAUUGAAAUGGGGACGGCCGUCCACUGGGCAUGAUGCAAGAUGGGCAGCCCCAUAUUACGGUAUUAAGAUCAAGAUGGUUGAUGACUGGGCAUGGGGGGCAUUAAGGUAUUGCAACCAAGGCAGUCCAUUGGGCUUGAUGCAAGAUGGGCGCCCCCCAUUACGGUAUUGAUAUCAAGGUGGUUGGUGACUGGGCGUGAUGAGCACCCUACAUUACGAUAUUGAAAUCUAGGUCGGUCAUCAACUGGGCUUGAUGCAAGAAUGGCGCCCCAUAUUACUGUAUUAAGGCGGUUGGCGACUAGGCAUGAUAUGCAAGAUGGGCGCCCCCCAUUGGGGUAUUGAACUCAAGGCAGUCAUCCACUGGUCAUGAUGCAAGUUGGGUGCCCAGCAUUACUGUAUUGAAAUGGGGACGGCCGUCCACUGGGCAUGACGCAAGAUGGGGCACCCCCAUAUUACGGUAUUAAGAUCAAGGUGGGGGUCGGUAGCAAUAUAGAAAGUCCCAGGCCUCCCGCAGCUUCCUAGGGGUCCCCAGACUCUAGAGCUGCAGGGAGUCUUGCUUUGUAAUAGAGCAAUCUCCUGUGUUUCAUGGUAGUGUAAAUAACCCCUCCCCCUAAAAAAAAAAUAGACCCCGCCCCAUUUCCUGUUCCUAGAUUUAUCGCAUAUCAACACUGUGUACAUUGGGGGAAAAAUUAGCUGCCUAUUUAAUUAUUAUUAUUUUUUUUUGCUGUUUGACUAUUCUGGUACUUUUUUUUUUUUUUUUUCUUAGCACGGUUUUGUUUUUGCUCCUGUUUUUAGUUCCCCCUCCUCCACGCAACACCCCACAUUUUUAGUUUUUUUCUUUUUUUUUUUUUCAGUAAUUUUCCGGCAUUUGUGUGUCGACAGCCGACAAGCGCUGAUCUCGGGAUGUACGUCAUGUAAUCAAUUGAUUUGUUUGGGGUUUUUUUUCGUUUUUGUUUUUUAGGUUUUUUGAUCUGUAUAAUUUUGCAAAAUAAACCUUCACACGAAAACGCGCAAACCACAAAUGUAACAGAUUUCUCGCCUACCUUUUUGGAAAAAUUGCCAUCUAAUUUGUAACGGAUCGAUUUAAUGAGGUUUUGAUAAUUUUUUUCAUGCCGCUGUUUACACAGAUGAAACAUGCCAAUAAAUUAAAAAUGAGAAAAU